AAUGCAAUGAUAAUAGUUCCCACGGUUCCCUGCACAGAAUAGUUCUUUUGAACUAAUUCAUUCCGGAACGACAGCGACGACACACAGGGAACCCACAAUGAAGGAAACCAUUCCUCUGCCCCAAAUUCAACAAUUGAUUCAUGAUAUUAAAGUUGGUAAAGUUGAUGGCUCAUUUAAUAUAACCACAAAAACAUUGGAGCUAUUCAAACAAAUCAUAACAAAUGCCAAGUGGCAACAUGCCGAAGAUUUAAUGCAAAUCAUACGGUCUCAGGGACAAAUUCUGCAAUCGGCGCUACCCCAGGAGACUGUAACGGCCAAUGUGACCCGUCGUUUAUUGAAAAUUAUACGUGAGGAGUUUGAUUUAUUGCAAGUGAAAGACCACCAUUUGGCUGAUGACUCCCAGGCCUCGUUAUCCCUGCAUAAACUAGUUACCCAGACCAGCGAAUGUGAUGUAUGUGUAGAUUAUGGUAUACCACGUGCUGGCCUCAAAGAAGCUUUGCUCGAUCAUUUGGAAGAAAUUGAAACUGAAUUGGAAACUAGCUGUGAAAGUAUAUGCGCUCAGGCUGAACAACACAUACAUUCGACUGAAGUCAUUCUAACAUUGGGCCACACAAGAAGUGUUGAACAUUUCCUGAAGCGGGCCAUUAAGAAAAGACAAUCGUUGACCAUUAUUAUUGCAGAGUGUGCACCGGCAUGUAGGGGUCACAAUUUGGCGGCAAGCUUGGCCAGUAAUAAUGUGGAAAUUAUUGUCAUACCCGACUCGGCCAUAUUUGCCAUGAUGUCUCGAGUGAACAAGGUGAUUAUUGGUACCCACAGUGUUUUGGCUAAUGGUGGUUUGCGUGCUGCCUGUGGUGCCUAUACGGUUGCCUUGGCGGCCAAACAUUAUUCGGUGCCGGUCAUUGUUUUGGCACCCAUGUACAAAUUGGCGCCCGUUCAUUUGUGUUCCUACGAACAAGACGCUUUCAAUUCGCUGGGUUGUGCUGAGGGUGUAUUGCCCUAUGAUUCAUCGGCUGCACGAUGUGCAAAAAUCUAUAGUCCCAUAUUCGAUUAUGUACCACCGGAAUUGGUGACGUUAUUUAUAUCGAAUACUGGUGGCCAUGCUCCUUCAUAUGUUUAUCGUUUGCUGACCGAACUAUAUCAUCCUGAUGAUUAUGAAAUGUAAUUGGUAGAGUGUUUGUGCGUUCUUUUUGUUAUUUUUUCUAUACCAAGUACAGCAAUGUUUAAAUCAAGCAACUAAUAAAAACGUACAAAUGAACUGAUAGAACAUGCUGAACACCAAAA